AUGUCAGGUGACAAUGGAGGAGUGGCGGCUCAGGCUGACAUCUUAGGGAUUCCGGGAGCCGCAUUGAACACCAUCGGCUUUGCCCAAGGACUCCUUCGCGCCGUUUCAGCUGACAAUGCUAACCCCAAUGCCGUCAUACAAGUUCAGCAAAUCGGGUCCUGCUUUCAAUCCAACGGUCCUUGGGCCGCAAAGAUUCCAGACCUUCUGUCGAGAGCAUCCUGUGUUAGACUUGAGAGGCUUUCUGCUUGGGUUGGAUGGGCAAAAGACGACACCCCGGCUUUCAUGAGUCAGACUACCGGUGGGCAAACUGCAGCUCUACUAUGCUGCGCCCUCGGGAGCCUUUACUCGAAAAGCCGUUGCGGGCUAUUGCUCUACGAUCUUUGUCGAGAUAUCUUACCUGCAGAUCGGCAGUUGUCCUCACCAACUCAAUUGGGUGAUGUUUGUAUGCUGCUAGAACGAAAAUCAGCAUGCCUAGGUUUUGGAAACCAUUUGGCCCUCCAAGUCACUCGGCUGAGGCAAUGCUUCUUCGAAGCUGGCUUAGACGUGCCACGAGACUUGGCCGACACCCCAACAGAGGAGGAUCUUAACCAUUUCUUAUCCGGGGUCUGCAGUGCCCUUCAAGAUGAGAGUUUGGUUCUACAAGUGUCUGGAACAAGAUGUGUAGGAACACUACUGGCCUUGACGCUAGCAAUGUGUCCCGAAGAUGUUUCAGUGCGAAUCAAUAGAGAAGUCCUUAUGAGCGGACUCAGGGACAACAUUAUCUUCUCGGUCACUACCGAAGAUGGCUCUUCAACACAGAUUCAUCUUGAAACUAAACUGGAAAUCAAGAAGGCCGGGUUCCUAAAACGUCAUAUAAUCACAGAGAGUCAACACAUACACAACCAAGAACUACGCUUUGUAUGUGAUGGCAUCUUGUCGAGCCAGCUAGAUAUUUCCCUUUCUAUGGCCGGCGUAGAAUCAUCUCAGCUUCUGAAACUUGCUAUAUCGAACUUUGUCGCAUCUAUAGCGAUGGAGCCUGCUACGGAUUGCUUAAGCUCGAAAGCUGCUUAUGGGCUAGGAGACUGUUUCCCGACCCAAGGAUUUAGGGUCAUUUUAGGGCCCACAUAUCGACAAACAAUUUCCCAGCGCUUAGAGAAAGUGCUAUGUUGCCCUUCUGAUACUUUGCAGAGCCCCAAAGAGGCAUUCAACCGACUUCAGAAUACCCUUUGA